CACAUUCGUUUUUAUAACAUAACUUAACUCGUCCACAAGAGUUCAAUUUCAACCAAAAUGUUUGCUAAGGUCGCCAUCCUUUUCGCUGCUCUUGCAGCAGUCAACGCCAGCGUCCUUCUCGGACAUAGUGCACUGGUCAACACAGGAGUUAGUGCCAGAUCACAAACCCAAGAUGCAUAUGGCAAUUACGCUUUCGGGUAUGACAUCAAGGACGGACUCGGUGCCACCAACUCCCGAUCAGAAGUAGGCGAUGCCCACGGAAACAAGAAGGGAUCCUACACCCUCGCUGACAUUGACGGAAGGGCCCGACGAGUCGACUACGUCGCUGAUGGACAUGGAUUCCGAGCCGUUGUUAAGACCAACGAACCUGGAACCGCCGCCAGCGCCCCAGCAGCUGCUCUCGUCGCCAGUCCUUACGCUGGACCCGUCGCCCCAGUCGUUAACCACGUAGCCCCUGCAGCUGCCGUUAUUGGUCAUGCUGCCUCUUACGCUGCUCCCUUGGCUGUUGCCGCCCCAGCUCUAGCUGCCCCUGUUGCUUAUGGUGGUGUUCUCGGACAUGGAGCUGCCAUCGCCGCUCCUGUAGCUUAUGGUGGAGUUAUCGGACACGGUGCCGCCCUUGGAACUCCUCUUGGACUCGGAUAUGGUCUUGGAUACGGCAAAGUCGCCAUCCUCUUCGCUGCUCUUGCAGCAGUCAACGCCAGCGUUCUUCUGGGACAUGGUGCUCUGGUCAACACCGGAGUCAGUGCUAGAUCUCAAACCCAAGAUGCAUAUGGCAACUACGCUUUCGGUUAUGACAUCAAGGACGGACUCGGCGCCACCAACUCCCGAUCCGAAGUAGGAGAUGCCCACGGAAACAAGAAGGGGUCCUACACCCUCGCUGACAUUGACGGAAGGGCCCGACGAGUCGACUACGUUGCUGACGGACACGGAUUCCGAGCCGUCGUCAAGACCAAUGAACCCGGAACCGCUGCCAGUGCUCCAGCAGCCGCCCUCGUCGCCAGUCCCUACGCCGGACCCGUCGCCCCAGUCGUCAACCACGUAGCCCCAGCCGCUACCGUUGUUGGACAUGCUGCUUCCUAUGCUGCUCCCUUGGCUGUUGCCGCCCCAGCUCUUGCAGGCACUGUUGCUUAUGGUGGUGUUCUCGGACAUGGAGCUGCCAUCGCCGCCCCUGUAGCUUAUGGUGGAGUGAUCGGACACGGUGCCUCCCUCGGUUUUGGAGCUCCUCUUGGACUAGGAUAUGGUCUUGGAUAUGUUCACAAGAGUUCAAUUUUAACAAAAAUGUUUGCUAAGGUUGCCAUCCUCUUCGCUGCUCUUGCAGCAGUCAACGCCAGCGUUCUUUUGGGACAUGGUGCUCUGGUCACCACCGGAGUCAGUGCCAGAUCUCAAACCCAAGAUGCAUAUGGCAACUAUGCUUUCGGAUAUGACAUCAAGGACGGACUCGGCGCCACCAACUCCCGCUCCGAAGUAGGAGAUGCCUACGGAAACAAGAAGGGAUCCUACAGCCUCGCUGACAUUGACGGAAGGGCCCGACGAGUCGACUACGUCGCUGACGGACACGGAUUCCGAGCCGUUGUCAAAACUAACGAACCCGGCACCACCGCCAGUGCCCCAGCAGCCGCCCUCGUCGCCAGUCCCUACACCGGACCCGUCGCCCCAGUCGUCAACCAUGUAGCCCCAGCCGCUACUGUUGUUGGACAUGCUGCUUCCUACGCUGCUCCUUUGGCUGUUGCCGCCCCAGCUCUCGCUGCCCCGGUUGCUUAUGGUGGUGUUCUCGGACAUGGAGCUGCCCUCGCCGCCCCUGUAGCUUAUGGUGGAGUGAUCGGACACGGUGCCGCCCUCGGUCUUGCAGCACCUCUUGGACUCGGAUAUAGUCUUGGAUAUGCAAAUAAAAAUUGUCCUAAAGUAUAUUAUCAUGACUUAGUUGCCAUUCUCCUCGCUGUUCUUGCAGCAGUCAACGCCAGCGUUCUUCUCGGACAUGGUGCUCUGGUCAACACCGGAGUUAGUGCCAGAUCUCAAACCGAAGAUGCAUAUGGCAACUAUGCUUUCGGCUAUGACAUCAAGGAUGGACUCGGUGCCACCAACUCCCGAUCUGAAAUAGGAGAUGCCCACGGAAACAAGAAGGGAUCCUACACCCUCGCUGAUAUCGAUGGAAGGACCAAUGAGCCCGGAACCGCCGCCAGCGCCCCAGCAGCCGCCCUCGUUGCCAGUCCCUACGCCGGACCCGUCGCCCCAGUCGUCAACCACGUAGCCCCAGCCGCUACCGUUGUUGGGCAUGCUGCUUCCUAUGCUGCUCCCUUGGCUGUUGCCGCCCCAGUUCUUGCCGCCCCUGUUGCUUAUGGUGGUGUUCUCGGACAUGGACCUGCCAUCGCCGCCCCUGUAGCUUAUGGUGGAGUGAUCGGACACGGUGCCGCCCUCGGUCAUGGAGCUCCUUUUGGACUCGGAUAUGGUCUUGGAUACGGCAAAUUAACUCAGACAUUCGAGUUUGCAUUCAUCAUGUUCGCUAAGGCCAUCAUCCUCCUCGCUGUUCUUGCAGCCGUCAACGCCAGUGUCCUCCUCGGACAUGGUGCUCUGGUCAAUACCGGCGUCAGUGCCAGCAGCCGCUCUCAAGAUGAAUUCGGUAACUAUGCUUUCGGUUAUGACAUCAAGGACGGACUCGGUGCCACCAACUCCAGAUCCGAAGUAGGCGAUGCUCAUGGAAACAAGAAGGGAUCUUACACCCUUGCUGACAUCGACGGAAGAGCCCGACGAGUCGACUACGUUGCUGACGGACACGGAUUCCGAGCCGUUGUUAAGACCAACGAACCUGGAACCGCCGCCAGUGCCCCUGCAGCUGCCCUCAUCGCCAGUCCUUACGCUGGACCCGUCGCCCCAGUCGUUAACCACGUAGCCCCUGCAGCUGCCGUUGUUGGGCAUGCUGCUUCCUACCCUGCUCCCUUGGCUGUUGCCGCCCCAGCUGUCGCUGCCCCAGUUGCCUAUGGUGGUGUUCUCGGACAUGGAGCUGCCAUCGCAGCACCUGUAGCCUAUGGUGGAGUGAUCGGACACAGAGCCGCUAUCGCCGCCCCAGUAGCCUAUGGUGGAGUGAUCGGACAUGGUGCCGCUAUCGCCGCCCCAGUAGCCUAUGGUGGAGUGAUCGGACAUGGUGCCGCUCUCGCCGCCCCAGUAGCCUAUGGAGGAGUUCUUGGACACGGAUCUGCUCUUGGUGUUGGAUAUGGUCUUGGAUAUGGCAAGGCCCUCUACCAUUAAACGAAAGAAACCUAAAAUGGUUUUACCUACUUGUGCCUUUCUUGCUCAACAUGUGUCUCCAAUUGUUUCUCAGGAGCAACCUUCUUUUUUUAUGUCUAAAAAGAAGAUUUUGCUGAGAAUUAGGGAUAUCUACCUUCUUGGGGAAUAUUUGAUGUGAAUGAA